CGUCCCAACUGCCUUGCCGGCUGGCUGUGUGUGUGCCUAUAGCCCCCUCUCCCUGGCUCUCACAUACACACAUCGCGCAGACACACUCCCUCACAUAUACACACACUCUCGCAGAGCCGAUCAGUGCAGGCAGCGCAGAGCCUGGUAAUUGUAUUGCUCCCUCCAAGCGGAAGGAAGGACCAAGAGAGAGACAAGAGAAAGAAGAGGAGGAGGGAGGAGACAUAUAAAAACUUUGAUUUUUGUAAACAAUUUUCUUGUUUUUUUCCGGAGGAGGUUGACAUGACAAUGACCCGGUAUCGCCGAUGGAUUCGGUAGGACACCCAUUAUCCGAGUGUUUUUUAAUGCACUCUGAACAAGAGUAGAAUGAACUUAUCGAAGGGGCCCUUGGUGAACAGCAGCAGUGAAGAUAACUCUAAGUCAACUUUUGGUAAAUGCGGCGCUGGCGCCUGGAGGAUGCACCAGAGCUACGAUCCACUGGAGGCCAACCACAUGAGAGACGCACAUGCCCUCUACAACCCCAGGCUUCUCUGCAGAAUGUCCAGUAAGGAGCGCCACCUUGAGUCAAACUGUCCGUCCUCUUACAUAAAGACUGAGCCGUCUAGUCCUGCCUCCCUGACUGACAGUCUAAACCAUCACUCCCCUGGUGGCUCCAGUGACGCUUCAGGCUCCUAUUCAUCCACGAUGAACGGUCACCCAAAUGGCUUAGACUCCCCAAGUCUCUAUGGUUCCAACGCAGGGCCCCUGGGUCCCGCUGGUGGACCUGGAUCGAAGCGUUAUGAGGACUGUUCAUCAACUAUUGGGGAAGACUCACAGAUUAAAUGCGAGUACAUGUUGAAUUCGAUGCCCAAAAGGCUGUGUCUGGUGUGUGGGGACAUUGCGUCAGGGUACCACUAUGGAGUGGCAUCUUGUGAGGCCUGCAAGGCUUUCUUCAAACGCACUAUCCAAGGCAACAUAGAGUACAGCUGUCCAGCCACCAACGAGUGUGAGAUCACCAAGAGGAGACGCAAGUCGUGCCAGGCCUGCCGCUUCAUGAAGUGUCUGACUGUGGGCAUGCUGAGGGAGGGUAAGGGAAAAGGUGUUCGUUUGGACAGGGUUCGUGGGGGGAGACAGAAGUAUAAACGCCGGAUAGAUGCAGACAACAGUCCAUACUUGAACCCACAGCUGGCUCUGCCUCCCAAGAAGCCAUUUGCCUUUGGCUGCCUUGCAGAUAACAAAAUCGUCUCUCACCUGCUGGUUGCCGAGCCAGAGAAGAUUUACGCCAUGCCUGACCCAACAGUACCAGACAGCGACAUCAAGGCCCUAACUACGCUGUGUGACCUGGCAGAUAGAGAGCUAGUGGUCAACAUUGGCUGGGCCAAGCACAUCCCAGGGUUCUCCACGCUGUCUUUGGCGGACCAGAUGAGUCUACUGCAGAGUGCAUGGAUGGAGAUCUUGAUCCUGCGUGUCGUCUACCGUUCACUGUCCUUCGAAGACAAAUUGGUGUAUGCUGAGGACUACAUAAUGGACGAGGACCAGUCAAAACUAGCUGGUCUUUUGGACCUGAACAACGCCAUCCUCCAGCUGGUCAAGAAAUACAAAACUAUGAAACUAGAGAAGGAGGAAUUUGUCACUCUCAAGGCAAUUGCUUUGGCUAACUCAGACUCCAUGCACAUUGAAGAUGUGGAUGCAGUGCAGAAGCUCCAGGAUGUGCUGCACGAGGCCCUGCAGGACUACGAGGCUUCCCAGCACCAGGAGGAUCCCCGUCGGGCAGGCAAGCUGCUCAUGACCCUCCCCCUGCUCCGCCAGACCUCCACCAAGGCUGUGCAGCAUUUCUACAGCAUCAAGCAGGAUGGCAAAGUCCCAAUGCACAAACUCUUCCUGGAGCUGCUGGAAGCCAAGGUGUGAGGACGGAAGGAUAGAUGGAAGGACAGACAGACGCCAGUCUCAACCACCUGAGCUUCAACUCGAACUCUGAACAACUACUUUGAAUGACCUCUUGCUCUUUUACAUGCACACACUCUCACACACAUACACACAGAGAAGUGUCCCCGAAGUACUGUCUGUCUGCUGACACAUCCCCCUAUGAAUAACAAGCUCCUUAAACCUCUCACCUGAACCUGAAACCUACACCACCUUUGACCAUGGGGCGAUCACUUGAAGUUUCAUUUCGGGGGAGACGCUGACGGACUGAUAUGACCCUACUCUGCAUUACCAAGGAAGGAAGAUAUUUUGUUUUAAAACUAUUAAUAAUCACCGAAAAGUUACCGUGGUGACUUUGAACACUGAUGAUAGCAAAACAGUCACUUAUGCAUUUAAUAACAAUUAAGAUGUUAUUAAUAACAAGCGCUUAAUGAGGACACAUUUUAAAGACACUGAAAACUCUUCAUUUUAGUUCUGAGAGACUCUAAGACUGCACUCCUGUCUCUUUUCCCUACCUAUUUGCCCCACAGAGUUUUUUAAGUGUUCAAGAAGAAAAUAAGUGAAAAAAUGAACACUAAAGAAAUAUUAAUGACAUUUCUUGCCCAGUUACUUGUACAGUGCAAUUUGGAUGGAUGGACAGAAAUAGAAGAAGAGGAGAUAUGCCCUGCCAAAUAAUGGAGCUCAUCCAUUCAGAGGAUGCCAGCAAACUUUACAGUCAUAACCCACAACAGUUUCUGCUCUGAUAAGCAGUGGUUUUCAAUCUAAAGCCUCGGGACUAAAGAGUUACGCUGCUCUUCUGUUAGAUCAGUGACUUAAAUUUUUUUUCUGCUCGUACAAAAACCAGCGGGGCUCCGAGUCUGAAGGCCUGUGAUUGAAAGUCACUGCUUUAACUACUUUCUGGUUCUCCUAAAAUCCAACCCGUGGUUUCCCAUGACUCCCCCCCCUUUAACUACAACUUGACUCUUUGUUGUGAUAACAAACAUGUCAGAAUUACCAUUAUAUUAGCCUUUGCACACAUACUAUGGCUGAGAAUGGUUUCCAGUGUUCUGACCGCUGGAGGUGUGGUAUAUUGACAGAGUUCAAAUAUCAGUUCAACAGCCCAACAUAAGAUUUAAUCAGUACCAUGAAGAAUGGAUUCCUGCUCAACUAAUUGUCAAAUCUCUUCUCCAUCCCUGUAUAUUCUGUCAAAUCCUCCUCCUGGGUUUGGACGUCUGUUUGAAACCUUCUCAGCUGCUCAGUGGCCUGGGUCUGCAGCUCACCAUGCACCAGUCCAGAUCUCAGUCAAUGUGCCAUUAAGAAUAGUCCAGCACAUGCUCAUUUACCAAUCCAAACUCCCAAAAAAACUGCACUCAACUGUCACUUCAGUACUUUUUCCUCCUGGUUCUGUUGCGUACUCAACUUCCAGAUCAUCUCUCGCGUUGGUGCAGAGACGUUUUUAGUGAUUUAUUGAGGGAGUGAUGGGGGAGCUUCAGUCACUCAACGCAUUACAAACAAACAGAAGGAAAGGGGUGCUGACAAAACUGACUGAAGAACAACUUUGAAACUCCUUAUUUUUUCUUUGUUUCUAUCUUGAAAAUAAUCUUAGCGACGAUACCAAUAUUAGGGUUGUAAAUAACUGUCAUCCUGUAUAUGACAUAUAACACAGCUUUGUUUUUGUUAUUAAUAUUGUCUUCUUAAAACUAAAUCAAUCAAUAUGUCUUUCCUUUUUCUAUCAGCUUGACCACUUUCAGCAAUUAUCAUAUAUAUAUAAAUAUAACAAGUAAUAAUGUAUUAACAAAUCAGCGUUUAUCUUAGGAACUCUGAGCAAUAGUGGUUUUUAAAGGAGGGGUUUGUGCAUAUGGACUAAGUCUGCAAUAUUAACAUUACGUGCCAGUCUUAAAUUCGGGGGGAGGAGAGAGAGGAUGGGGAUUUGAGGAGAGUUGUAGCUUCUCUUCCUCUCUGUGUAACUUGCCAUGAGCUAUUAGAUAACAGUCAAUAAUUCCUUUUGUAAGACAGUGAGGCAGUGAAAGAUUUGGGCCGGGAAUGUCAGGAUAAAGCGUUAAAGCAGCCGUCACCAUACGGCGUUAAGAGCGCGCAAAGGAUGGCAAAUUUGAGGGUUAAAAUGCAAAAUUUAAAGAUCGUUUCGCAGUUCCAACACGGUUCUAACGUUGCACCUUUCUUGUGACCAAUCUCUUUUCGCAUUCACAAUUUUUCCAGGCAUUAAAACGACAUUAAACGAGGCAAUUCUUUGUUUGAGAUUUGCAGUUAAAUAAUACACAGUUUUGCCCAGCAUCUCUUCAAGGUGUUUACUGUACGCCAUCCACCAUGUAGAUACAAUAGGUGUGGGGACCAUUUUAAAAACCUGGCAGAGGGAAUCGGUGCUACUAUAAAACGAAACAUUAUCUGAAUUUAAAUAAUUAAAUAAAUAAAAAUUCAGUGACUACUUACUGUUAGCUCACUAUUUCACUUCCUCUUCCUCAUUUGGCACUGCAUCUAAAUUUCUGUUUUGUGGAAAAAAAAAAUUUGGAAUACACACAACCUCUGAAUAGUAUGUUUUAAUUCUGACUUUAUUCAUCCUGGCAGCCUUUUUUGAUGAUUAUUUCUUUAAAUCUCAACAUCAAAAUUGCUGUGUUAGAUUAAAACAGUGUCCAGGAACAGGAAAUGAAAAUGUGUCACUACAGAAAGCCGUCAUAUAUAUGAAGAGGCUCUGAUUUUUAUUGUUAUAGCAAGACUGCACACGGUAGACUGAUCACAGCUUUAACAGGUGGAGACUGUCUAGGGAUUUUUAUAUUAUUAUUUACGUAACUCUUAAAGCCAAGUAAGAAUGCCAAAAUGUGCAAUCUAGAUGAUGUAAUCUAAUAUAAAAUGGCAACUUGUCACAGCUGAAGAGCGCUGCAGUUAAGUGUAGUCGAUCUCUAACAUCACACGCUCUGUAUCAAACAUCAGUAUCGUUAGUAAGGGGUAUUUUUAAACAUUGUAUAUUGUAAAUUAUACAGAUUAUAAUUCUAACAUAAGACAUUUUAUUGGAAACAAAAUCAAGAAAAAAAAAAACAAAAAGAAAAAAAAAAAUAGUAGUUCAGCCUCGAUGUGUGUUUCAUGUUCGCUGUUUUUUCUAUCAAGGAAAAAAAAUGUUUAUGUUCUAACUGUUUUUCGGUUUAACGUCCACUUUUCUUUCGGAUCCUUUCCUCCUCUGUUGAAUCCUCUAAGGCGUUGCUGUGUACUUUUCCUCGUAGUGAACCCCGUUCUUGUGCCGUGUGCUUCUUCUUUAGACGACACAGAGUAGAGUAGAGGCCAUGUUGUCUGUCUGUCGGAUCAGUCCGUUGGGGGUCUGGGUACCGGAUUCUCUCACAAUGAACCGAACCGGAUAUAAGGCUCUUCUUCUUCUUCUAGAAACUUCCUAGACCACCGAGAUCAAAUUACAGUAUUCAUCUUUACCAAACUAUACAUAAAUAAUUAAAUAUUUAGUAUCUAAAUGAAGAGACACCAUACGAGUAUUUAAAAAGGGAUCAUUUGUGUAACUUUCCUGUAGAAUAAACAAUAUACUGUAUAUCUUUAGGUUUAAAUAAAGGUGAAAUGAACAGGACAUUUGAGUAAUUCAGCACUGUAGGUGACUCUUUUUUGAUAAACUCGCUGUACAUAACUGCCCUCCAUACAGCUCAGCUCAGUCAUCUUUACCGUUUCAGCUGUCAAAAAAAAAAAAGAAAAUAAUAUAAUGACUUUUUUAAUCUUUCUAUUUUUCCUUUUUCGGCAAUUUUUCUGGAAAUUCUGUAUGAACAACGAGCGACAGGUGAUCGAACAGGUGAAGGGCACAACUAAAGGUCCUGUUGGAUUGAUCUGAAAUGUUAAAGGAAAAGCUUGACAUGUUCAUUUUGCACGUGUUUCUUCUCUUUACAACUCACUCAUUACAUCGUCGGGUUCUUUUUCUGUGUCGACAACAUAAUUCAACCACAAAUUCCAGACUUACAGACAUUUUAAUGAUUGUGUUAUUAUGCUUGUGAUACCUUUUUACACACAUCUAUAGGUUUAUAGAUUCUGCGCUCCCAAUAGCAUCAAGUCAAAGGCACUAGGGCUCAUCAGUGGUCAUAAACACUAAUGUGAUGUUUCAGAAAAUGCAUGAGAAAUGUUUUCCCUGAUGACGGAAGAUGAAUUUCCUAUUUUGAUUGUAACUAUAACUUCAAACACCUCAUUGUCAGGAAGGGAUUCUUAUCAUCUGCACUAAUUUUACACAAUAUAAGAAGAAAGGUGCUGUUUUCUUACUAUUGUUUUUGUCCUUUUUUACCCCCUGAAUAUUUCAGCAUAAUGAAAGCUAUUACAGGACAAAUAGUGGAGUUUGCAAAUGAAACUGUUUAACAAAUGCUGUUAUUGAAGUGUGAUUAAAUAUCAGAUUUAUCAUAUAUCAAUUAAGUCAGUAAUUCAGAACGAUGAAUGUAUUACAGCAACUUUUCCCAGACCAUAGAUGUUUAGUUCUCUUGACAGGAAGUGACUGACAUCGUGCCAUUUUAUUUUGUUAGCUGGAUCCUGCAGAAAUGUCUACCAAGCUACCGUGCUUUAACGAUAAAUUAGACCGUUUUUUUCUUUCAUCCGGGAAGGGAAAUUAAAAUUUUUAUCAACUAAAAGCAGGAGGAAGAUUUUGAUGUAACUCACUGCUUGUAGCCAAGAUACUAUUUAGCUGUACAGGAAGGGAGUUUUUUUUUUCCUCUAGAACACAUUUUUUCUCUCAUUAAAAAAGCAAUAUUUUGAUGUCUGGCAAGAGUUGCACUUGUUAGUGUUGGGUUUUCGAUUCAGAUGCCAAUGUAUUUUUUCAAGCAAUUCUGCAGUAACCACAGGAAUAACAAGGCGAUCAAUGUUAUGACAAAGCAAACUGGUGUUUUCUAUGAGGUGCAGUGAGAGGACUAUAUGGGUUUUUACAGAGCCACUGAUAAGUAGAGUUUGACCUGCUGCACUUUGAGUAUUCUGUUACUUUUUAUUGCCCUCAUCUGGAACUAAGAUCCAUCUACUGCAAAUAUGUAUGUAACCAUAGUUUAGCGGGAAAAGAACGACAAGUUAUUUAGCCGUAGCGACCAAGCAGGAUUGUCCAUUUCCCAUGGCUGCCCCUGAAAACUGCUAAGGCCAAACUGUGUGUAUCUACAGCUCUACAGUGUUUAGUCAUUUAGUUGUAUUUAAUCCCCAAAUAACUGCCACCUGUGCUGCGGUUAACCCUGCAGUCUGGAUUUGCAAAACGGAGGAAAAUUGGUAAGGGAAAGAGGAAAGUUGACACAUUUGUUUUAAAGAGGUUUUGAAGAUGAAUAGACCCUUCCAUGGUGGAGAACAGUUGUGGAAAAGAGAAGACCCUGUAGUGUUAUUAAAACAUGUCUGUAGAUUUUAGAUGUGCUUCACAUCAGUAAAUGGAGAAAAAAAAAAAAAAUAAACAAUUACCUGUAUAUUUUUGUGACGUGUAUCAUACAAGUGUGCUCCAACGAUAAUGUCCAUUUGUGUAAAUGUAUUUAUUUCACAUUGUAUAUAUUGUUCAAUGCAAAAAGAGAGACCUAUGAUUCUGUAACUUAAACUACUAUGGGUUGAAACAUUACAUGUGUUACUCCAGACUAUGCCUUUCAGGAUUAUUACAGUAGAGCAAUAUCAAUUAAAACCAGGCUUCCAGUUUUGA